AUGGCUUUAUCUCCGACUCCGAGCACCGGGUCCGACGUGUUUGUGAGUUUCAGAGGGGAGGAAAUUCGCAGAGUUUUUGUCAGCCAUAUCUACCGUUUGUUGGAACAAAAGGGCAUUCGAACUUUCAAAGGUGAAACCGAGCAGAACCUGGAACCCUCUGAGAUUCAUCUGGCGGCUAUCCGAGCCUCGAAAGUUGCAAUCGUCGUCGUAUCUGAGAACUAUGUCUUUUCGCCUUCGGUCCUGAGAGAGCUCGAAGAGAUUCUAAAUUACCUUACAAUCUCUCCAGUCUAUUACGGAGUAGAUGACUGGGAUGUUAAUAAAAGACAGGCCGAAGAAGUCUGCACUGAUCAGGUGGAGUUAUCGGCGGCAACGGCGUGGAGGAAUGCACUGAUGGAGCUGGCAUGCAUACCCGGCGAGCACUCAAACAAUUGGCGUUGCCUUGAUAGGGAGGAUGAUGCGGAGCUGAUCCUGAAGAUCACAAAUGAUAUCUGGGAUAAGUUGAGCGCUUCUCGAUUCUUUGGCCUUGUGGGGAUGGAUCUCCGCAUGAGACGAGUCUAUGAAUUGUUGUCUUUGGAUGCUAAGUAUGAUGAAGUACGCGAGAUUGGCAUUUGGGGUCGGGCAAGUCUUGGCAAAAGAACGCUUGCCAAGUUUGUCUAUCAAGAGAUAUCUCACUGUUUUGAUGUCUGUGUUCUACUUGAAGAUGUCAAUAUCAUCCAACACAGCCACGGCCACAACGCUUUGGCUUUAAGUGAAUUGCUUCAAACAAAGUUUCUUCAAACAUCGGGUAGUCUUCACAUGAUCUCCCCUGAUGACACAGCAUGGCUCACAGACCAAAGAGUACUUCUCGUUCUUGUCGGUGUUGAUAUAAUUGAAAAACUAGAUAUCCUUAGGGAGUACAUUAAACUGUUUGGUCCAGGGAGCAGAGUCAUUGUAACCUGCCUAGACAAGAAGUUGCUUCUUGCCUGCGGGGAUAUUGCUCCUCUUGAAGGUUAUGAACAGUUCUUAGCUCUUGCGAUUAAGAUUGGCAAUGGUUAUCCUUCAGUAAUUGCUGCAGUCGGCUCAGAAUUAUGUGCUAAACCUAACGAAGAGUUGGAAACAAUAUUGUCCAGAUACGAGCAAUCAUCUGAUGAAUGCACUACAGGAACAGAGACAAGUAGCUCUGAUGCGUCAGUUGGAGCAAAAGUAUUCGGUAGACUUGAGGAAGACUGGAAAAUGGUAUUGUCUAAAUAUGAACGAUCGUCUGAUGAAAACACUCUAGGAACAGAGGAAAGCAGCUUCAAUGUAUCAAAUGAGAAGGAUAAGUCUCUGCCGGGGAACACUGCAUUCAACUUUGUAGGUAUGGAGUGUCACCUGAAGGCUGUGAGUGGAUUGAUGGAGUUACAAUCUGAAAAUGAAGUUCGUAUAGUUGGCAUCUGGGGAGUAGGAGGGGUUGGCAAACUCACCCUUGCAAGAUGUGUGUACAAGGAGACCAUGCAAUAUUUUCAUAUCCAUGUUUUCCUGGAAAAUAUUGGAAAGAUUUAUAAAGACCAUGGUCCAUCAGGUUUACAUGAAGAGCUGCUGUGGAAUAAUAUCCAAAGAGAGGCUUUAGCAGUAAGGAGUUCAAAAAAUGGCUUUGAUGUUACCAAAGCAAGGCUUCGAAACCGUAAAGUGCUGCUCAUUGUUGAUGGUGUGGAUAAUAAUGAACAGAUAGAGGAUGUCCAGAAAGUUGCCACUUGGUUUGGUUCAGGGAGUAGAGUUAUGGUGACGACCAGAGACAAGAAAUUUCUUGUAGCAAAUGGCCUAAGACAUAUAUAUGAAGUCAAGUGUCUGAGAGUCCAUGAAGCUCUUCAACUCUUCUAUCAGUUUGCUUUCAACGAGCAAGCCCCUUCUACUUGUUUCAAACGGCUCUCGGUUCGUGCUGUCCAACUUGCUGGCCGAAUUCCUUUAUCUCUUAAAGUACUCGGCUCAUUUCUAUGUGGGAAAAGUGGACACGAGUGGGAACGAGUCUUGCAGAAACUUGAAAGUCAACGAGUUAAGGACAAAGCGGAAGUAGCAGAAGCAUCUACGGAUCUUCGAAGGUAA